AUAAAUAUAUCCACCCCCUCAGUCCUAGUUUCCCUUCUAAUGCUUUUAGCACCUAUCAUCUCAACCACCCUCAACCUCCACAAAAACAACUCCUACCCCCAUUACGUAAAAACAACCAUCGCUUAUGCCUUCACAAUUAGCCUCAUCCCUAUGAUAAUAUUUAUCCAGUCAGGGCAAGAAACUAUCUUAUCAAACUGACAUUGAAUUACUAUUCAAACCAUCAAACUUUCUCUCAGCUUCAAGCUAGAUUACUUCUCAAUAAUUUUCAUGCCCGUAGCACUAUUCGUUACAUGGUCUAUCAUAGAAUUCUCCAUAUGGUACAUGCACACAGACCCUUAUAUUAAUCGAUUCUUCAAAUACCUACUAAUAUUCCUCAUCACCAUACUUAUCUUAGUCACUGCCAACAAUCUGUUCCAACUCUUUAUCGGAUGAGAAGGAGUAGGAAUUAUGUCCUUCUUACUAAUCGGCUGAUGAUACGGCCGAGCAGAUGCAAACACCGCAGCCCUGCAAGCCAUCCUAUAUAACCGAAUCGGAGACAUCGGCUUCCUAGCAGCCAUGGCAUGAUUCCUCUUCAACUCCAACACAUGAGAUCUGCAACAAAUCUUCUCACUCAACCUUAACAACACUAACUUCCCCCUAAUAGGGCUAGUCCUUGCUGCAACAGGGAAAUCAGCCCAAUUCGGACUCCACCCAUGACUACCCUCAGCCAUAGAAGGUCCAACACCUGUCUCAGCCCUACUCCACUCCAGCACAAUGGUCGUAGCAGGUGUAUUUCUCCUCAUUCGAUUUUAUCCACUAAUCGAAAACAACUACCCCAUCCAAUCCACAAUCCUAUGUCUAGGAGCUAUCACCACCCUAUUCACCGCAAUCUGCGCCCUCACCCAAAACGACAUCAAAAAAAUUGUAGCCUUUUCCACCUCCAGUCAACUAGGUCUAAUAAUAGUAACAAUUGGUAUUAACCAACCUCACCUAGCGUUCCUCCAUAUCUGCACCCACGCAUUCUUCAAAGCCAUACUAUUCCUAUGCUCCGGAUCAAUUAUUCACAGCCUUAACGAUGAACAAGACAUCCGAAAAAUAGGAGGCCUAUUCCAUACCCUACCCUUUACCACUACUGCCCUAACUGUAGGCAGCCUAGCAUUAACAGGAAUACCUUUCCUAACAGGAUUUUACUCCAAAGACCUGAUCAUUGAGUCCGCCAACACGUCUUAUACCAACGCCUGAGCCCUAACAAUUACCCUUAUUGCCACCUCCCUGACUGCUGUCUACAGCACCCGCAUUAUCUUCUUCGCCCUACUCGGCCAACCACGCUUCCCUACACUCAUUAUUAUCAACGAAAACAAUCCCUACCUAAUAAACUCCAUCAAACGCCUCCUGAUCGGAAGCAUCUUCGCCGGAUUCCUCCUUACCAACAACAUUGUUCCAAUAACUAUCCCACAAAUAACUAUACCCCUCUACUUAAAGAUAACAGCCCUAUCCGUAACUAUCCUAGGCUUUACCAUUGCCAUAGACCUCAACACAGCCACACAAAACCUAAAAUUUAAACGCCCCCUAGCCCCCUCCAAAUUCUCCACCCUUCUCGGCUACUUCCCAACAGUCAUACACCGCUCCCUCCCCUUAAUAAACCUCAUCCUAGGCCAAAAAAUAGCCUCUCUCCUACUAGACUUAGCCUGACUAGAAAUCGCACUACCCAAAUCAAUCUCCCAACUUCAAAUAAAAACCUCAACUUUAAUUUCCAGUCAAAAAGGCCAAAUCAAAUUAUAUUUCCUCUCUUUCUUCCUUACACUCGCCCUAACCCUACUUAUAUUUAAUUUCCACGAGUAA